UAUUCAUAAAAAAAAGUUUGUUUUUACAACUCUCUUUAUGUCCGGAACUUCUUCACAAAAAAUACUUAAAAAAAAAAGUUUCCUUACCGCUAUGACAAGUUAUUUAUGGAUGUUUCCUCCAUGUGUCAUAUUUAUUUACUUUAUGAAGCAGUACAGCUGACUUGAGGACAGUUUAUCGAGGCUGCCUUCAAGACAACAAAGCGAAAGUGGACACACGUUAUCCAACCUUUCCAGAGCAGCGGAAUGACUUCAGAGGGGAUGGACAUGGAGAAAUAUUUGUCGCGCAUCGGGUUUGUGGCCCCAGUUGAACCCAGCGUGGAGGCGUUACGCUCGGUUCACAUCUGUCACUUGCUGUCGGUGCCGUUUGAAGACCUCACGGUUCACAGCGGCGGAAGAGUCCACCUCGACAUCCCACUUCUGUACGAUAAGAUAGUAAACAGGCGUCGAGGCGGCUUCUGCUUUGAGAACAACGGCCUCUUCUCCUGGCUACUGGUCAAACUGGGCUUCCAGGUGACUCUGCUCUCUGGCCAGGUGAAGAAUCAGAUCACAAGCUGCUACGGGCCACCUUUUGACCAUCUGAUCCUGAUGGUGAGCAUCGAGGGCCGGCGCUGGCUCUGCGACGUUGGGUUCGGGGGCGCGGGCUUCAGUCUCCCCCUUUCACUGGAGACCAGUGGCCCCCAGGAGCAGGGCCACAGAGUGUACCGGCUCAGGAAGGACAUGGGUAUGCACUUUCUGGAAUGGCAACAGGAGGAGAAUAGAGGCGCAGAUGGAGACUGGAGAGAGAUCUACAAGUUUACCCUUGAACCUCGGUGUCUGGAGGACUUCGUUGAGAUGUGCCAGUACCACCAAAGCUCCACUAGCUCCAUCUUCUUCUGCAAGUCCCUCUGCACCAUUUUGAAACCAGGUGGAAGGCUCACCUACAUUGGCCACAGACUCAUCACCACCAUAUUUCCAACAGAUGGAAAAGGGGGCGAGACAACAACAACCACAACCAGGGAGCUUAAAGAAGAUGAAAUUCCUGGUGUUCUUGCAGAGGAAUUUGGAAUAAUGCUUGACUCUCCACUCAUACCAAAGGACGAGACAAUCAUACCACCUCCAGUUAUGUAUUGAUCAUGCUUCCACAGGCAAUAUUGUGCGAAAAAAGCAUCAAUGUUCUCACUGAGAUGACUGCAAAAAGUCUUUGAUUCAUACAUGUAAUACAAAAGUCCUUUAAAUAGAUUUUUUAACACCCAAGUGAAUAAAAAAAAAAACUGCUGGAAAACUUGGA